AUGACGGUCAAACGCAUGUCUGAGCGAGAGUACAUACUCGCCGUGCUAGCGAAAGCGCUGAACGUCAGCGUUCCCUCGCUGGACAUCUCCAAGAGCUUUACAGAACUGGGUGGCCACUCCUUGUCCGCUGUGGAGGUACAGCAUGGCUGCAAGAAUGGAAAGCUGGCGAACUCGCCCUCAGUACUAUCGUUGCUAGUAUCGCCAAGCAUUGAAGCACUGCUGCCAGAUGACGAGACCGAGAUCAGGUGUUUGAAACCUUUGCAAGAGGUGGCUCCCGUGAAACUCACAGCCAAGGAUCCCCUACAGUCCUCUGAUGGCAUCCAAGCCCACGCCGUGUCAGAGAUUGACAAUGGUUGCGUUGUGCCGGCUCUGGAGGAACCCGUUGUGCAGAAUGUCAAACUUGGCACAAUCCAACACUGCUCGGCGAUAGAAGCUCCUGCGACAGACAUGCAAGCCGGGCUCAUUCGCGGAUGCCGCAGCACUAUUAAUUAUUAUGAGACRUGGACCCUGGUCGAUGUAGUUCUGAUACAGCAUGCCUGGAAGAAGGUGAUUGCGGUUGAACCGAUAUUCCGCACAGAAUUCUUCGAAAACGACAGCGGUGAACUCAUGAUGCGGCUUGAGGAUCAGCACGGGAGCCAGAUAGAGUGGGAUGAAACCUUUACUUUUGACCAGCAAAGCUAUCAAGCGGCAAUCGACAAGGUCUUGGCACAGACACAGAAUGGGCCAGCAUUCCACUUCCACACCAUCGUCUUCGCAGCGAAGGACACAGGCCGAAGUGAGGCAACAAUCGUGCUAUCAGUUCAUCACGCACUGCUGGACGGCUGCUCGAUGGAUCUGCUGGUGGAGAAGGUGCGACGUGCAGCAUCAGGAGGGCCGCUCGCAGGGCCGGGCACGUCUUUCCUGAAUGCUGCAACGGAAGUCAAGAAGCUUCACCAGCACUACGGCGCAGAUGCGGAGGAAUUCUGGAGAGGUCGGCGGAUGUCACAUCCGAAUGCAACCCCUUCUAUGGGUCUCGCGCCGCCCAGCAUGGCAGACAAUACGCCUGGGAAGGGUGAAGUCAGCAUGAGCUUCAGUCAUCUCCAAGGGACGCUAGAGGCGCAGUGUCGAUCGCUCGGCGUCACGGUAGCGGCAUUUUUCCACGCAGCCUGGGCGCUUGUGCAGGCAGCGUAUAGCGACUCCGACGACGUUGUUUUGGGCACCAUUCUGAGCGGAAGAAAUCUGCCGGUCACCGGCAUUGGCUCGGUGGUUGGUCCACUGGUGAACUCACUUCCCCUGCAUGUGUCAAUCGCGCGAGACAUGGAAACCGCCGAAUUCGUCCAGCAGGUCUUUGUUGAUUUGGCGGAGAUGUCUGGUUUUCAAUGGAGCACGCCUGCGCACGGAUUCGAGCGGGAGUUUGAAGCCGCGUUAUCAGUCUCCUGUGGUUUGAAGUGUCCCAGCAAUGCCAAGCUGCAGCCGCUCCAACCGCCAACCUAUGUGUUUGAGAGCAGCAUACCUCUCAGUAUAGCCUUGGACCAGGCGUCACUAUCUAUGCGUCUCGUCUAUCAUACUCAGCGCUAUGACCGACAGAUGGCAGAAGGGCUGGCGGACAGCUUUGURAGUGCACUGACGGGACUCGCUAGCAGCAGUACCGGCACGGUGCAGCAAUGUCUGAGCAACGUGAUGACAGUACCCAUGCAGGGCCAUCUGCGAGUACUCGGGAAUUGCCUAUCAGGCGCGACCACACGUGCAGCGCACGAGACCCAAGAUCUUGUCGACGUGUUUGACGAGGCAGUGAAGCAAAACGGCGCGAAGACUGCUCUCGAUGUGGGAGAAGGGUGUAUCUGGACUUACUCCGACGUCAAUGAACAAUCACGCCAACUGGCCGCGGAACUCGCCCGGAUGGGACUCCAGCCGGGUGACGUAGUGUGCGUUCAUGCUGACGGUAGCGCUUCGUGGGUACUCGGGCUACUAGCUACGCUUCGCGCAGGUGGUGUCUUUUGUAGCCUCGAUGCCAGCCUUCCGCAUGCCCUUCGAUCCGCAAUGUUCAGGACAUCCGGCAGUCGCGUCUGUGUCGUCGGCCAAGAAUGGCAGCGGAAGUUCCUACCCGAGGAUGAUGUGCCAUGCCUUGUGGUUGAGACUGCGUUGCAAAAGAGGGCUGGCGAUAUCACAUCGGAACCCAGUCGUCUCAGUCAUCCUGAGACCACGCGAAUCUGUCGUGCCCGCGAGCCCGCCUAUCUAUGCUUCACAUCAGGGUCGACCGGCACGCCAAAAGGAGUGCUCUGUACGCACCAAGCCCUCGUGGCUUUCCAGAAAGAUGAAGCGGUACGACUGGGUGCCCGGACUGGCGUGCGCAUAGCACAAUUCAUGUCUCCAGGCUUUGAUGGGAGCAUCCAUGAGAUAUUCUCGGCGCUCUCUUAUGGAGCAACGCUGGUCCUGCGUCGCAACGUCGACCCCUUUGAAGUUCUGUCGCGCGUGGAUAGCGCCAUCAUGACUCCAUCUGUAGCGCGCACAAUCUCCCCGCAGGAGUUCCCAAAUCUGCAAAGAGUGAGCCCUCUGCGACUAUCGGUAGUUCUUGGAGCUAAUGAAAACGCAGGUCUACCUCGUUGGUGA